AUGCUUUCUUCAGUGGCGUUCCUAAGCGGCCCAUUGCUCUUACCGUCUACAGACUGGUCAGACUAUCACCGUCUCAUUACCAUCGGUCUUGCAUUUUCCAUGCUGGGCGACUUUUUGCUUAUUCCUUCGCGGCGUGAAUUUUUUGCCCUGGACAGCAGUAAUCCAACCUCUGGCAAAUCGGAAGAGCAAGGGAGGGUAUCGAUAUCUUUCCAACUUGGUAUCAUUGCCUUUGCAGCGGCCCAUAUCGCCUACACUGUAGCAUUCCUGCAAGAUUCCUACGAGACCUCCUGGACGGCUUUUGGUGUCACGUUCGUUGUGACUCUGGGCGCUGCAAAGUGGUUGGGUGUCAUAUAUCCCCAGCCAGAUUCAUCACUUCAGUCCAAUGUACUGGAUCUCGGUAUUGCCUCGGAUAUGAAGCCAUUGGUUUCGGUCUAUGCUGUCAUCAUUGCUAUAAUGUUUUCUGCCGCUACUUCCACCUCUCCGUUGAUCGUUCCAACCAACUGGUUGGCAUCGCGGGCCCUGGGGGCUGCUAUGUUUGUUGCAAGCGACCUCUUUGUUGCGAAGAAUGCUUUCGGGAAAUCCUCCGUGCGGAAAAGCCAUGGGUGGCUCAGGAUCUUUAUCGGCUAUGCGCUAUAUUUUUGGGCCCAAAUGGUGAUCGCCGGAACAGUGGGAGUAUGA